CGACCGCGUAGUUUGGUAUUCACAAAAAUGGGGAAAACGGAGGAUAGGAGAGCGCCGUAUGAUAGAGCAAAUAUAUUCUCAAAAACAUUUUUUAAAUGGCUCAAUCCUUUAUUCAUUCGUUCAAGUCAAAAUCUCUUAACAGUUGAUGAUAUAUAUUUAUGUCCUGAUGGUGAGAAGGCUGAUCGGAAUGCAGAAAAGUUAGCUGGAGAGUGGGAGUCAGAAAAUAAUAGGGAAAACCUAGAGCUGUUGUGGUUGGUGAUCAGAGCAUUUAAGAAGGAGUUACUAAUUUCAGGUUUAUUCAUGGCACUUGAAGUUCGUAAUUUCUAUAGUUUAUGUUACUCCGUUUACAGUUAGGCAGUUGCUUAGCGAGACCAUUUAUUUUACAAGCAAUCUUAAGAGCGUUUAGUGGCAUCGAAAAUCACCAAAGUAUAUUCAGAACCAUUGUCUUUAUCACUGCAUAUGUUUUAAGUACCAUUAUGUCGAUAGCGGCCGUAAAUAGUUCCCAAUGGAUUUUGGGUCGUCUAGGAGCACGCGUUCGGACUGCAACAUGUGGCUUGGUCUUUAAGAAGAUACUUCGGCUUAACCAGAAAGCAUUGACAUACUCAACAACUGGUCAAAUCAUCAACUUAUUGUUGACUGAAACUCACUAUUUUGAAAAAACAUUCUUGUUUGUGCAUUAUUUAUGGAUUGGACCGCUUCAAACAGUCAUAACUCUUGGUUUAAUGAGCCAGGUCACUUUUGUCCCAAGUUUGAUUACAGUGGGAGUUAUUCUCUUAUUUAUACCCGCUCAGAUGGCUUUAAACCGAGGAUAUGCAAAGUCAAGGAAAGAAACCAAACUUUUUAUGCGUGGUCGGUGUUUUCAAUCAUUUAGACUGAGUCAGCUGAUUUAUCAAGUGAAAGUUACAGUGAUGGCUUUAUUGAUUGUAAUUUUACUUUUACAUAAAGGAGAAGGUGAUCCAGAAGCUCUCAGAAGUUAUCAGCUAUUCACUUUGAUGAAUUUCAUCACAUCACUAUUUAUUUCCGUCAUAUUAUUCAUGCCCAUAGCAAUUGAACAAAUAAAUAUAGCGUAUGUUGUCAGUAAGAGGAUCUCGCAAUUCCUUUUGUUGCCUGAAUUAGGAAAUGAUCAUUACCCUCAAGUGAAUAAUUCAAAGGAACAAGUUGUAGAGUUGACAAAUGUGUGUUCACGAUGGCAAGAUAAUGUAAAACAACUUACAUUGAAUAGUAUUAAUUUUAAGGUUUGUGGUCGUGAGCUGAUUGGUAUCAUUGGUACUGUAGGUAGUGGAAAGUCUUCUCUCUUACAAACCAUUUUGGGAGAGCUGCCAUUCUCUAACGGGAAAGUUUACAGAUCGUCCAGCAUAGCUUAUCUUCCACAAUCCGCAUGGAUAUUGCCUGGAACAAUACGUCAAAACAUACUUUGUAAUCUUCCUUUUGAGUCAAACCGGUAUGCGUCUGUACUGAAGGCGACUAGUUUAGAUGUCGAUUUAGCCAUGUUUCCUGACGGAGACAGGACAUAUGUUGGAGAACGAGGUUCUGGUUUAAGUGGUGGUCAAAAAGCUCGCAUAGCUUUGGCACGAGUAGCGUAUUCUCGUCAGAAGAUUCUACUAUUAGAUGACCCGUUAGCAGCGGUUGAUGCUCGCGUAUCAAAUCACUUGUUUCAGAAGUGCAUUUGUGACUUUUUGUCAGAUAGACUUCGUUUGUUUGUUACUCAUCAACACCAGCUUCUGCCUUGUAUGGACAGAAUCCUAGUUCUAAAAGAGGGGGAAAUUGCAUUUUUUGGCACUUAUACAGAACUGCAAACGAUGAAGUUGCGAACGGAUGACUUUAUUUGCAAUUUCUUUGAUCAUCCAACUGACGAUCGAAUUUUCCAACUGUCAGACGUUGGUUUUGAUGAAAGGAGAAGUAGCAGGACAUUUGAUGCAUUCGACAGACGAUUAUCAAAGACUUUUCUAAGUUUUAGAUCUGAGAAGCAGAGCAUCUGUAAUUCAGCUCUGCAGUCACCAAGGCUGUUGGAAGAUUAUUUGGCAGAUGGGAUGAUGCUUUCGUCGUUAUCUUUGGUUCAUAAACAUUAUGUAGAAGAUUAUUCACCCGAGAAUGAAAAAUCCCUUCAAGCUUCUCUGAUUUUACCUACUGCGAUGAAAAGUGUCAGGACUAUAACUACCACUGGAUCUUACGAAUCCCUACAAACAAUCAACUCAAGCGUGUUUGAAAAUCGUGUUAUCUGUGAAGCAGAAUCAAAUCGUAAAAUAAUUGACAAUGGUGAUAUUUCAGAGCAUCAUAAGAGGGACAAAACCAUUUCGGUCGAAAAUCUUAGACAUGGAAAAGUUGGAUGGGAAUGUUAUUUAAUUUUUGGUCGAAUAUCUGGUAGUUUUUGCUGCUGGAUACUGAUUCUUCUAUUGUUUGUCCUUACAACUGUUGUUUAUGCAGCAUUCGAUUUGUGGAUAGCAAGAUGGAUUCGUAUCGUGGAUAACCGUAACGAUUUGAAUAGUUCACUUGUUAAUAGUUCAUCAAGUUUUAUAGGAACGUGGAAUUUGAAUGACAACUUUGUAAAUAUGUACAUAAUUGUAAUCCUCACUGGACUGUUGGUGUUUUUGAGUACAACACGAACGCUGCUAUUUUUCAAACAAAUGAUUUGUGUUGCAAGACGUUUGCAUGAAUUAAUGGUCAAAGCCCUUCUGUCAACUAGACUACAGUUUUUCGAAUCGAACUCAUCAGGACGAAUAUUAAACAGAUUUUCGAAAGACAUUGGAAUUAUAGAUGAUCUGUUGCCAACGAACACUUUCGAGUUUUUACAUUUUUUAUCCCUUGUGGUGACAUUUUGUGGUGUUACAGUGAUCUCUUGUUAUUGGGCACUUUUUCCGGCUAUGUUUCUUUUAGUUUUCUUCUGGAUAAUUCGUGGAAGAUAUAUGUGUUUAUCCAGAAAUUUGAGAAGAAUUGAAGCAAUGAAUCGUAGUCCAGUGUUUUCUUGGGUAAACAUCACUUUACAAGGUCUACCGUGUAUACGAGCCUCUGGAGAUGAUUCUUUCCAUUUAAAUAGAUUUUAUGAUGUAGUUAACCAUCAUACGGAUGUUAUCUAUAUUAAUUUGGCUGCCCAACUUUGGCUUGCUAUACGUUUGGAUCUUUUGUGUUUAACAUUUACUACUGCUGUUUCAGUUAUAUGUGUGGUAUUGGGAACAUACUCAGAAAUACCGGGAGCUAAUGUAGGUUUGAUGUUCACUUAUUCCAGUAGUUUGAUAGGAUUGUUCCAGUGGUGUAUACGACUGAGUACUGAAGUUGAAAAUCAGAUGGUAUCUGUAGAACGUGCUAUUGAGUAUGUAAAACUGCAACCGGAAACAACAGAUACACAAGACAUAUAUUCACCAGAUUCAUACUGGCCAUCACAAGGGCAUAUUCAAUUUAAAGAAUUUGGGAUGCGUUAUGCUUUAUCCGAUACAUGGGCGUUGAAAAAUAUAAAUUUGGAUAUCAGACCUGGAUGUAAGGUAGGUAUAGUUGGACGAACUGGGGCUGGAAAAAGUUCCUUGAUUUCUGCCCUGUUUCGACUAGUGGAAGGUGAGAAAGGGUGUAUACUAAUAGAUGAUGUGAAUAUCAAACAUCUACAACUGGAGUUUUUGAGAAAAAGAAUAGCAAUAAUUUCUCAAGAUCCAAUAAUGUUCACCGGGACAGUUCGAAUGAACAUGGAUCCAUUAGGUGAGAAAACAGAUGAAGCGAUUUGGAAAGCUUUGAAGAGUGUACAAUUGGACCAGACAAUUAUAAACCUCGGUAACGGGUUAGAUUCGUUAGUCAGUGAGGGCGGCUACAACUUAAGUACUGGACAGCGACAACUGUUCGCAUUAGCUCGAGUGAUUCUAAGUGAAAGCCGCAUCUUGGUGGUAGAUGAAGCAACAUCGAAUGUUGAUCCCAGUACUGAUGUUAUUAUUCAGAAAACACUUAGGAGCACUUUUAAAGACUUUACAGUUUUGACCGUUGCACACAGACUGCAUACUGUGAUGGAUAAUGAAAUGGUGGUGGUUAUGGAGAGUGGUGAAGUGAUAGAAUUCGGUCAUCCACAUGUGCUUCUUAAUCCCGAUGUAGCUGAGACUGAUAAACAGGACUACAGAACGGAUGGUGAUUGCCUGCCAACUACUGGGAGAAUACAAAUAAGCGGCAAUGGUCCACUAGCAAAUUUAGUAAAGCAAUAUGGGGAUGAUGAGUCCAGAAAUCUAGCUCAAAUAGCUCGGAAAUCGUUUAUCCAGAUGCUUAAGAACAAACGCAUUAUUCUCUAA